AUGUCAGGGGAUCCGUCCACUCGAAACCAGUCCAAAUGGUGUUCCUAUCAUAGAGACAAAGGUCACAGGACAGAAGAUUGCAGAGAGUUCAAACGACAUUUGGAAGAAUUGGUUCAGCAGGGUUAUCUUAAGGAAUUCAUUGACAGAGAGAAAACCGCUGCCGAAAAGAAGGCAAAACCUCAGUCAAAGGAGGGAGGAGAACCUUCACACUACGUGGUUAAUUUUAUUGAUGCAAUGGUACCGGAUGCACAACUUGGUGAUGCGAUAAGGCGAACGGAGUAUAGAAGGGUCCGACGCCAACAAGAGGUAAUGCGGAUGGAUUUUAAUCCCCAUUUGGGAACUAAGAGACCAAGGGAGGCAACUGCAAUCACUUUCACCAAGGAAGAUGCAACAAGAGUCAUCUUUCCGUAUAAUGAUGCUCUCGUGAUCUCCCUGCAAAUCGGAGCAACAACAGUGAAGCGAAUGAUGGUAGACCAAGGAAGUUUCGCAGAGAUCAUGUAUUAUUCACUCUUCCAGAAGUUAGGGAAAACAUAUGCAGAUUUGAUUCCUGUUCUGACACAUUUAGUGGGCCUUAAUGCAACCCCAGUUUGGCCACUCGGAAGGAUAAGAAUGCCAGUCACGAUAGGUCCAAGAACAGUUGAGGUGGAUUUUCUUGUUAUAGAUCUACCCUCAACGUAUAAUGCAAUCAUGGGCAGGACUUGGCUUCACUUAAUGGAGGCUGUUCCCUCAUCUUAUCAUCAGAUGCUCAAAUUCCCCUUCGGGGACAAAGUGGUGGAAAUAAGAGGAGACCAAGCUGCCUCAAAAGAGUGUUUUAUGGCAAAAGCAAAACAAGCAGGAAGAAUAAUGAUGAUCGAAGAAGAAGCUCCAGUCCUAGAGGAAGUUGGAAAGGAGCCAGCAACCAAGUCAAUGGAAGAGAUUGAGAAGAUUCACGUUAUACCAGAAAGUCCUGACAGAUACUUUCUAGUUGGGACUAGCUUGCCCAUACCAGAGAAGGAAUCUUUAAUUAGGAUGUUAAGGAGGAAUGUGGGUGUGUUUGCAUGGACUCCCUAUGAGAUGCCGGGGUUGGAUCCAGAAUUGGUAGUCCAUAGGUUGAAUGUCAAACCAGGUUUUAAACCUGUAAUUCAGAAGGGAAGAAGGUCAGCCGUUCAACAUACGGAGGCCGUGGUUAAGGAGGUAGAAAACGUGCUGGAAGCUAAGGCCAUCAGGGAAGUACAAUAUCCCGAAUUGCUCUCAAACACAGUGGUGGUCCGAAAGAAUGAUGGAAAAUGGAGGGUCUGUGUUGAUUUCACUGAUUUGAACAAAGCAUGUCCAAAGGAUUUGUUUCCGCUUCCUAAAAUCGAUCAAUUGGUGGAUAUGACAUCAGGAAUGGCAAGGAUGAGCUUCCUAGAUGCAUACUGCGGGUACCAUCAAAUCCCAAUGCAUCCGUCUGAUCAGGAGACGACUUCGUUCAUCACCCCAAAAGGAAUAUUCUAUUACCAAGUAAUGCCUUUCGGCUUAAAGAAUGCAGGUGCGACAUUUCAGAGGAUGGUGACAAAACUCUUUGGACCUCUAAUUGGCAAGAUUAUGGAAGUUUACAUAGAUGACAUGGUGGACAAAAGCAAAUUUCAGCAGGACCAUUUGAUGCACCUUCAAGAGGUGUUUGAUGUCUUAAAGAGAAAUAACCUAAAGCUUAAUGCUAGCAAAUGCGCUUUUGGAGUUAGUACGGGCAAAUUCCUGGGCCAUCUCGUUACACAAAGGGGAAUUGAGGCCGACCCAGCACAAAUCAAGGCCAUUCAAUGCCUGGAGUGA